CUGCUGAUUAUGGGUUAAGGGAGGAAGCAUUGUAAUGUGGUGCUAUAAUGCAAACCAGUGUUUUGUAAGGUUCUUGAUGGUCCUAGUGUGUCUAAUCUUCAGCGUGCUCUCCACCAUCGAGCAGUAUGCAGACUUUGCCUCAGGAUCACUCUUCUGGAUGGAAAUAGUGCUUGUGGUGUUCUUCGGUAUCGAGUAUGUGGUGCGGCUGUGGUCAGCAGGGUGCAGGAGCAAGUACGUGGGCCUCAAGGGACGCCUGCGCUUCAUCAGAAAACCCAUCUCCAUCAUAGAUCUGAUCGUGGUGAUCGCCUCAGUCAUCGUGCUGAGUGUGGGCUCCAAUGGACAAGUCUUCGCCACCUCAGCCAUCAGGGGGAUCCGCUUCCUCCAGAUCCUGCGCAUGCUGCAUGUGGAUCGGCAGGGCGGCACCUGGAGGCUCCUGGGAUCUGUAGUCUUUAUUCAUCGACAGGAGCUGAUCACGACGCUCUACAUCGGCUUCCUGGGCCUGAUCUUCUCGUCCUACUUCGUGUACCUGGCAGAGAAGGAUGCGGUGGACGAGGAGGGCAGGACAGGCUUCUCCAGCUACGCUGAUGCCCUGUGGUGGGGCGUGGUGACGGUGACUACUAUCGGCUAUGGAGAUAAGGUUCCCCAGACGUGGAUCGGGAAGACCAUCGCCUCCUGCUUCAGUGUCUUCGCCAUCUCCUUCUUCGCACUUCCUGCUGGGAUCCUUGGCUCAGGUUUUGCUUUGAAGGUGCAGCAGAAGCAAAGGCAGAAGCAUUUCAGCCGCCAGAUCCCCGCGGCCGCCUCCCUUAUACAGACGUUAUGGCGAUGUUAUGCUGCUGAGAAGCCUGGUGGUUGCCCGGCGACGUGGAAGAUAUACGUGCUCACCGCUGACUACGUGCCCCCCGCCAGCCCCGAAACAUCCAGCCCUGGAAACUUCAGAAGACUGAGUAAACGCUACAAAAGGAAGUUCCGAUCCCGUGACAAUGGCUCCUUCAGCGGAGGGGACAAGCGCUUGUCCAUUCCCCAAAUCACGUACGACCACAUUGACGACAAAGACGAGAAGAAAGACAUUCCCUUCCUGCUGGAGGAGCCCACUGGCAUCACCAGGAUCUUCAAGCAGUCAGACCCUCCGCACCACUCCUGGUCCUCUUUCACACUGGGCUGCCCUCCCUCACCAGUGAAGAAAAAGCUGGAUGGAGGCCCGGGAGACAUUACGCGAACAAACAGCCUUGUGGACGACAUCGACUUCGUCAGUGAAGACAUCGCUUUGCCAGUGGUGACGGAUCCAGCACACCUGUUGACAAGCCCAUUUGUGGCAAAGGUCCAGGACUCAAUCUCAACACAACACUUGAACACAAGAAGACUAACUCACGCUCACAAGUCAGCAAUCAAGGUCAUCAGGCGGAUGCAGUACUUUGUGGCCCGGCGGAAAUUUCAGCAAGCGAGGAAGCCGUACGACGUGCGGGACGUGAUCGAGCAGUACUCCCAGGGCCACCUGAACAUGAUGGUGCGCAUCAAGGAGCUGCAGAGGAGAUUGGAUCACACGCUGGGGAAGCCGGGAAUGUUUUUACCAGAGAAAGGCGUAGACAAAGAGUAUCACACUGUUGGAGCCAGACUGAUCAGGUUGGAGGAUAAGGUGGUGGAUAUGAACCAGAAGAUGGAGGACAUCUUGAAGAUCCUGGUGGAGCAGUUCAAACCCCGAGUGGAGCUGCUGCCGAAGCCCCAGCAGCACUACAGCUCCCGCGUCACCGUCAUGAAGCACAUGGGCGUUAGCAUGGACGAGGGACAGUGACUCAAACAAACAAACAAACAAACAAGCAAACAAACAAACCAGCUAACCAAAAUAGUAUCUACUGUAUCUCACCCGCAAUACAGAUGAGCAACGCAGCUGUAGUAGGAAGGAGCAAAGGUGAAAGCAUACGUAGCCCAAGGAUGAGGCUCCUCCAUUGCUACCUCCAGAACCAGAACUCAAUAGAACCUUCAAGCAGCAUCCGGAACUCAAUAGAACCUUCAACCAGCAUCCAGAACCAGUCAAUAGAACCUUCAACCAGCAUUGUCUACACACAUCACCAGUCUUCCAACAGUUACCUUUGACCAUUGACCUUUGACCUGAGAAGAGAACCAGCCAUCAACUGAACUCUGUGACUCUAAAUGUCCUCUUUCGUGAUUCCAUCUAGAGGAGCUCACGUGAAGCAAUCACCGAUCACCUCCACACAGUUCUGAGCAGGG